AUGAUUUGCGAAGCUGAGGAAAAUAUGAAGUCCAGGUAUCAACAUUUGUUUAUACUCCCAGAGGAGGUUCAGAUAGAGCUACCAUUGUCUUCAGGCAAUAUGGAUGAGGAUGGUAUGCCUGUCCAAAAUCCACCAGUAGCGGUUGGUGAAGAAGCUGCGGGGGCAGGCUAUGCAGCUGCAAUUCAGCCCCCGCCUUUGAUUGGAAACUCGAAGAUGUUGUCAAGGGUAUUGACAAAAGUGGAAUCCACCGACACCUUCUGCAAGGAGACAAGAGAUGAGGUCAAAUCCAUGGGUCAAAUUGUUAGUUCACACUCUACCUCCAUUAAACAAUUGGAGUCUCAGCUUGGCCAAAUCUCUGCAAUCCUAAAUCAAAGGCAGAAAGGCUCACUCCCUAGUGACACAGUUGCAAACCCAAGGAACGAUGGUGACCAUAAAUGCAACGCAAUUACUACCAGGAGUGGCAGAACAGUUGGGGAAAGUGUGUCGGUGAAAGAGAAUGUGUUGGGUGAUGAAGAUAAAAUGGUUGAAGAACCCAUCACUGACAAGGACCUCCCGGAAAUUAAUGAUGCCUCGGAAAGCAAGAAAGCGGCGGAGGAGGUACCAAGGGCUUCACCGCCCGUUAUGAGGCCUCCCCCUCCUUUUCCCCAACGAUUGGCAAAGAAAGCGGAAGAUGGAAAGUUCCUCAAGUUCAUAGAUCGAUUAAAGGAGCUCUCAAUAAAUAUUCCAUUAGUUGAGGCACUUGAACAAAUGCCCGGUUAUGCGAAGUUCAUGAAAGAUCUUGUGACCAAAAGAAGAAACCCUGGCACCACAGGGCGUGCCCUAGUGGAUGUGGAAAGAGGUGAUCUGAAAUUUAGAAUGAAUGAUGAAGAGAUCACUUUCCAUAUUUGCAAGUCAAUGAAACAACCGGCGGAUAUGAGUAUUGUGUCAGUUAUUGACACAAUUGAUGAAGCAAUGGAGACAACCAUAGAACAAGAGCAUAUAGGUGAUAUGUUGGCGGCGGUGAUAAUGAAUUAUGAAUGGGAUGACGAAAACGAAUUUGAGGAGAUGGUCAAUGCACUGAUUGGAAUGGGGUCUUAUCACCUCAAUCCAAAGAAACUCGAUCUUGACUUGGAAAACCGAGCAGCUCCUCCUGCAAAACCUUCAAUUAUUGAGCCUCCUACUUUAGAACUCAAACCUCUUCCUUCACAUUUGAGGUAUGAGUUUCUUGGACUCAACAACACAUUGCCUGUGAUUAUUUCUGCCCGGUUGACGGAUGAGCAAAGAGAGAGGUUGAUGGUGAUCUUGAGAAGAUACAAAAAAGCUUUCAAGAGAAUGCCUUUUGGGUUAUGCAAUGCACCUGCAACAUUUCAACGUUGCAUGAUGUUUAUUUUCUCCGAUAUGGUUGAGGAGUCCAUUGAAAUCUUCAUGGAUGACUUUUCCGUAGUUGGGGAUUCCUUUGAUGAAUGCUUGAAGAAUCUUGCCCAAGUAUUGAAACGAUGUGAAGAGACAAAUUUGGUUCUGAAUUGGGAGAAGUGCCUCUUCAUGGUUAGAGAAGGCAUCGUCUUGGGGUUUUAUAGAAGAUUUGUCAAGGAUUUCUCAAAAAUAGCCAACCCGUUAUGCAAGUUGUUGGAGAAGGAGUCGAAAUUUGUAUUUGAUGAUGCUUGCUUGAAGGCAUUUGAGGCUCUGAAAGAGAGACUCACAUCGGCUCCUAUCAUCAUUUCCCCGGACUGGUCUCAACCCUUUGAGCUUAUGUGUGAUGCAAGUGGCUUUGCCAUGGGGGCUGUUCUUGGCCAGAAGCGUGAUAAGAUCUUUCACCCAAUUUACUAUGCAAGCAAGACUCUGAACAGUGCCCAAAUGAAUUACACUGUCACCGAACAAGAGUUGCUGGCUAUUGUAUUUGCUUUCGAGAAGUUCCGGGCUUAUCUUUUGGGCACUCAUGUGAUUGUUCACACCGAUCAUGCAGCCCUACGUUACCUCAUGACAAAGAAGGAUGCAAAACCGAGGUUGAUACGUUGGGUCCUUCUUUUGCAAGAGUUUGACUUUAAAGUCAAAGAUAGAAAAGGGUGUGAAAAUCAAGAGGCGGACCACUUGUCUCGUCUUGAAGAGGGUGGGCGUCCAUUGGAUGGCCUAGAAAUCAAUGAGUCAUUCCCGGAUGAGCAGGUAAUGGCGGGGUCGCAUGACAUGAUCCCUUGGUAUGCCGAUUUUGCUAACUUCCAUGCAAGUGACAUCAUGCCAAUGGAUUUGAACUUCCACCAAAAGAAGAAGUUUUUGAUUGAAUUGUUCGACGUAUGGGGCAUUGAUUUUAUAGGUCCAUUUGUAAGCUCCUGCAACAACAAGUACAUUCUGGUGGCAGUAGACUACGUAUCCAAAUGGGUGGAAGCCGUCGCGCUCCCCAACAAUGAAGGAAGAAGUGUCACUGCAUUUUUGAGGAGGGUGAUCUUCUCAAGGUUCGGAACUCCAAGAGCAAUCAUUAGUGAUGGAGGCUCUCAUUUCUGCAAUAGAUUGUUCAAGACUCUUCUUGAGAAGUAUGGGGUUAAGCAUAAAGUUGCCACUCCAUAUCAUCCCCAAACAAGUGGCCAAGUUGAGGUCUCAAAUAGAGAAAUUAAGAGCAUCCUUUCCAAAACAGUGAAUGCUAACCGGACUGAUUGGUCAAGGAAAUUGGAUGACGCUCUAUGGGCAUACCGAACAGCCUACAAGACACCAAUUGGCAUGUCUCCAUAUCAACUGAUAUUUGGAAAAGCUUGUCAUCUUCCGGUGGAACUCGAACAUAAGGCAUUGUGGGCCUUGAAAAAGUUGAAUCUAGAAUGGGGUGAUGCCUCAAACUUGAGGUUGGAGCAGAUUAACGAACUCGAUGAAUUUCGACUUAAGGCAUAUGCGAGUUCGUCACUCUACAAGGCCCGCAUGAAACACUUCCAUGACAAGAAGAUCUUGCAAAGAGAGUUCAGCAUCGGAGAUCGGGUAUUGCUGUUCAACUCCAGGCUCCGGUUGUUUCCCGGAAAGUUGAAGUCCAAAUGGUCCGGCCCGUUUGAAAUCACACAAGUGUUCCCAUCUGGAGCAAUUGAACUUGUUUGCCCAAGUGGUAACAAAAUCAAAGUGAAUGGGCAAAGGGUGAAACAUUACUGGGGAUCUCAGAAUGAAGCAAAGAUUAUCGAGGUCUUCAUCCUCAACGAGCCAUAAAAGGGUUAAACAGGUACCAACGUCGUGCUGCGACGUAAAAUCAAGCGCUUCUUGGGAGGCAACCCAAGUUUUAUUUUCAUGUGUUUAUUGUUCUUACUUUUAUGAUGUUUUGAAGUGUGUCCAAGUGUGUAGGAAUAAAAUGUGCAUACAAAGAAGAAUAUUGCGAAAAAUGCCAAUUGGCAUGACAUGCGACAUCAUCUGCGAUUCGCGUGUCAUGUCCGCGAUUUUCAUCCGCGAAUCGCAGGUGGUGCCAAAUGCAGCCCAUGAAAGCUGAACUCUCUGUCAGCAUCCGCGAAGGAACGACACAACAUGCGACUCGCAUGUUAAACAUGCGACAUAAUACGCGAGUCGCAUGUUGUGCAGGUAAGUGAAAAGUCGCGGGUCGACCCGACCCGACGCGGUUCAGUUUCUUUGAAAUAAAAGAAGGUAACGGUUGUUCUUAUCAGUUAUAAUCUUACUCUUGGUCUCUCCAUUCUCCUUAAGUCCUCCUAUAACCCCCAUUUCACUUCAAGCAUCCUUAAUCACAGAUCAAAACCCUAACUUCCCUUUUAUUUAAAAAAAAAAAAAAACAAAGGAGUUCAAGGUUUCCUACUUUCAUCUACUCUCAAGGUAUGUUGGACUUUUAUCUUCUCUACAUUAGGUGGUAUCUACUAAUUGCUCAAUUACAUGUCAUUAUCAUGCCAUACCACUUGUUGUAAUUAGUUAUUUGGGUAGAUUUAACUUAUGUGUUAAAUGGGUUGUUUGGAAAUUGAUGAACAAUGGGGAAGUCUUGAGUACCCAUGCUUGUGUAGUCCUUCUAGGAAGUGAUUGUUGAUGCUAAAUUAGAUAGCGACUAGGGAAUUCUGGGGUACCCAUUUGUGGUAAGAACUAAUAGUGACGCACUCUCACCACGUGUUUGACGAAAUGCCUAAACGACUAUGUGAGUGUUUAAAUGUUGUGGAAAUAUGAUCAGUCGCCCAAAAUCAUUACCUGUAAAAUAGGACCCGUGAUACCUUCUGAGUCACAAAAUGUCAUUGUCGUUUGUAAGGAAUAACCAUCAAACAUAGGUGCGAGUAAUGGAAUAGAUUUUCCCAAUGAUUGACGGGGUGACAAUGCGCUUAAGGGAGAAAGUUACGUAAAUAUGUUCUUGUGUGUGUGCAGCUGUGUUGCGUAAUUUAAAAAAAAAGAAAA